UACCGCAGAUUUAGAGUAAAACAGUCCCAUGCUCACCGCUUUAAACGUGAUGCUGAGAGAGAAGAGAAAUGGAGCAGACUGAGAAACAACACUUUAUCUUCCUGGAGCUCAGACAGCGCCUACAGAGCGGCCUCCUGCUUAUCCGGCGUGAUGCUUUUGAAAGCAGCACCGAAGUAAAAGUGUCUGGUGGAGACUCAGCCCUGAAGAUCCAUGUACCUAAUGAGGAGUAUCAAGUGAAGCUGACACCAGGGGUCAGCCUGCUGGAAGGGUCGUGUCAGAAGAGUCCUGAAGUGAAUGAUGAUGGAUUGCAUAUCAAGUUGCGCUUGAAAGUGGACGAGUAUUCAGAGGCUUCAGACAGUGUGAUUGAGCGUCUGAAGGUUCAGGAGAAGUAUUGUUUCCAGUGCCAGUCCUGCAGGGCCACACUGCUCAAAGACAGGGUUUUUAAACGAGUUCUACCGCUACCCAAUGGAAACUGGAAUACAUUAGUGGAUGAUUGGUGCUGCCACCCUGACCCUUUUGCUAACAAGAAACUUCACCCUAAACAAGAGGACUGUUUACUUGGUGACACGUACAUACUCCUGACGCGGGAUCGCAGCUGCGACCAAAGCCUUACACAGGAAGUGGAUUUAUCCCAUCAGCAGUCUGAAAAGACACCUGGCCACAAGACUGUGGGGGUCUUGUGUAAGAAGUGCUCUGCAGUGUUGGGAGAGGCAGUCACGACAGAUGUGAUCAAGUUCUAUAUAACUGAAAUAGUGGUAAAACAAAGUGAAGAUGAAGAAUGCGCUGUUACACAACAUAGGCAGCAGUUCUUAGAGAGAUCCCUUGCUUCAAGGCUCUUCGAACUGUCGUCUGCUCAAAGCAUAUUUCGCUUUUCCAUCCAGACUCCAGGUGGCAAAUCUGUGAUCAUGCUCUGGCUUCUGAACACGGACUCCCUGAUUGCUUCAUUCUCUGAGAGAGUCAGGAGCUGCGACAGUCUCAUCUCCGCCAGUGACCACCACCUUGAUGAGCAUCAAUCUUGCCCGGCAGUUUGUGCUGUAAAAGUCCUUUACCUCCCUUGCACUCAGGCCAAGCACCAGGAGGCUGUCAAUGCCUGGCAGAAGGAUAUCACUGUUCACCCACUGGCUCUUCCUGAGAGCACGUGUGAGGAGAUUCUGCAGCUCCUGACCGCCUGCACCAGCACACUGCCCAGCUCUCUGCGCUCCAUGAACUCCUAUCAGGUGGCCUAUUUGCGAAGAUGAAGCGGGAUUUGGAAGCAGUUCCGAAUGCUCAGGACCAGACUCUAAAUCUUCGGUUCUAAAAAAAAAUGCCUUUGUGGAAAAUCUGCUGUUUUUCAUGAAUUACUACACAAAAAUGUUCUUUUCUGUUUGAUUUAAUAAAUCAUGUUUAAUGAUGCCUUGAA